CUCCACGUUUCCUUUUCCCCUGGACACUCCUGGACCCCUGAUUGUAUUUCACUCGCUUCCAUCCUCUUCCCAUCCCUUUUUUUUUCAUCUUCGUAUCCUUUAUUCUCCCAUCAAAGCACAAUGUCUACCUGGUUCGACCAACAGAAGAAGUCCUUCGCGGACGUUCCCAUCGGUGCUGACAACGGCAUCUCGACCACCGAGUUCCUCGAAGCCGCCGAGUCUCUCACCACCUUGUUCGAUGUCCUCGGAUCCAAGGCUUUCACCCCCGUCAAGAAUGACCUGACCGGCAACAUCAAAAAAGUCAGGGAGAGGCAGCUGGCUGCCCCCGCUGAGUCUGAGACUCUCCAGGCUCUCGUUGUGAAUGAGCUGAAGACCAAGAAGCACGUCGCCUCUGAGGGCUUGCUCUGGCUGGUGAGAGGUCUUGACUUCACCGCCCAGGCCCUGCGUCACAACCUCGACAACGCCAGCUCUGAGCUCUCCAACUCCUUCCGCGAGGCCUACGGCAACACCCUCAAGCCCCACCACUCCUUUGUGAUCAAGCCCAUCUUCUCCGCCGCCAUGUCGGCUACCCCCUACCGCAAGGACUUCUACGUCAAGCUUGGUGAGGACCAGGGCAAGGUCAACGAGUCCUUGGACCGUGAGGUGGUUGCCCUUGAGAAGAACGUCGCCAUCCUUAAGGCGUUCCAGGAAACCAAGGAGGCCAAGUGGUAGAUAUCAGGAAUAUUUACUUUCAAGUGAGGGAUGUCUGGCAUAUUACUGAGCGCAGUUUUAAAGAUGUAUAUAUUUCUCUGAGAGUCUGAGACUACUUGCAUGGUAAUUAGAUUUUUGAAUUGCGCAACACUCG